UCGAGGAUAUGCGUGAAAGAUCUGCCCAAGCAGGUGACAAACGAACGACUUCGAGAUUUCUUUUCACAGAAAGGAGAAGUCACAGACGUGAAAGUGAUGCGUACCGAGGAAGGUAGAAGUAGACUUGCUUUUAUUGGAUUUCGUACUGAGCAUGAAGCUCAAGAAGCUAUUAAGUAUUUCAACAAGAAUUAUCUUGACACUUCUCGGAUAGUAGUUGAGAUUGCUCAUAAACCCGGAGAUGAGAACGCUCCCCGUCCGCGGAGUCGUCAUUCACUCAAGAGAGAAGUGAAAUUCAAGAAAAUUGGUGAAAAGAUUAAGAAGGAACCAGAGUCUGCUGUUCCUUCUCUCCAAGAGUUUCUUGACGUUGUGCAGUGGGGUAAGAAGAAAAUGUGGUCCAAUGACAUGUCGAUUGCUCCUACCGUUCAAGUCACUAGCAAAGAGAAGGUCUUGGUGAAGAAAGCGGAUGAGCCGAUGGUUUCCAAUGGUGCUGAGCGUAACAAAGCUAAGAGAUCAUCAGAUACUACUGAAAAGGCUAAAAAGAAGAAAGUUGUUGCUCCCAGUGAUGAUGUCUCUGAUAUGGAAUACUUUAAGAGUAGGAGGACAAAGAAAAACCUGUCGUAUUCGGACAGUGAUAGUGAUGAGCAACAUGAUGCUGAUAAUCUUGCGGACGACGCAGACGGUCAUGAUGCUGAUGUCCGUGUUUUUCCCAUUGAUGGCGAUGGCGAAUUGGAUAAAGUUUACGAUGACGAUGCUAUGGAGGUAGAGGCCGAUGGCAAGAUGGCUCAAGAAUCGAAAGCUGACAGUGAUGAUGUUCUUGUCACUGGUCGCCUUUUCGUCCAUAACUUGGCUUACCAAGCAACAGAAGAAGAGCUUAUGGAACAUUUUAGCAAAUUCGGUGAGAUAUCAGAGGUCCAUCUCGUUAUUGACAAGGAGACAAAACGGGCCACAGGAACUGCCUUUAUCCUUUACCUGAUUCCUGAAUCGGCGGCAAGGGCAAUGGAGGGAUUUGAUAACUCAUUUUUCCAGGGCCGGGUGUUGCGUGUAUCGCCAGCUAAGCACCGUGAAACGUCUCAUAGACAAGUGAAUCAUGAUGUGCCAAAAACAACAUUCAAGCAAAAGAGAGAGGAAGAAAGAAAGGCGUCUGAAGCUGGUGGAAAUACAAAGGCUUGGAAUAGUCUAUUUAUGCGUUCUGAUACUGUUGUAGAAAACAUGGUCAGGAUGUAUGGUGUAAGCAAGAGCGAGUUACUUGACCGUGAAUGUGAAGAUCCUGCUGUACGCCUUGCUUUGGCAGAGACAAAAGUGAUCGCGGAAACCAAAGAAGCUCUUGCUAAAGCUGGAGUAAAUGUCACUUCUCUGGAAGCUUUUGCUACAGGGAAAGGUGAUGACAAGAAACGAAGCAAACAUAUCCUCUUAGUAAAGAAUCUGCCAUUUGCUUCCACAGAAAAGGAACUUGCUCAAAUGUUUGGAAAAUAUGCAAGACUAGACAAAAUCAUCCUCCCUCCGACCAAGACCAUGGCCUUGGUUGUUUGCCUCGAAGCGGCUGAAGCACGUGAAGCUUAUAAGCGAAUGGCAGGCAAGCGUUAUAAAGAUGCUCCCCUGUAUCUGGAGUGGGCUCCUGAAGAUAUUCUUGAGCCAAAACCACUUGCUCCUGAUACCAACGAAAAUAAUAGUGAUGAUGUUGGAGAAAAUCAUGUGAGAAGAGUCAACUUGGAGCAGCUGGUUAAUAUCGAUACGGAUAUAACUGAGUCCAGUGUUGUUUAUGUUAAGAAUCUGAACUUCAAGACAAGUGAAGAGAGUUUGGAGAAGCAUUUGACUCAAGUGGUGAAGCAGGGAAAGAUUCUGAGUGUCAAGAUAAUAAAGCAUGAAAAGAAUGGGAAGAUGGUUUCAAAGGGUUAUGGUUUUGUAGAAUUCGACUCUAAUGAUACAGCGACCACUGCCAUCAGAGAUGCACAUAGAACUGUUCUGGAUAGUCAUGCUCUGAUCUUGACGUUCAGUGAAGACAAGCGGAGUGACACGGUUCGGAAAAAAGGUUCAGAGAAGGACAAACAAACUUGUACAAAGUUGAUUGUGAAUAAUGUACCUUUUGAGACAACCCCUAAAGAACUAAGAGGGCUUUUCAGUCAAUUUGGACAGAUCAAGGGUCUUAGGCUUCCAAGGCGUAAUACAAAACAGAUUAAAGGUUUUGCUUUUGUUGAAUUCGUGACAAAGCAAGAAGCUUCAAACGCAUUUAAAGCAUUAUCAAACAUCCAUUUCUACGGACGCCAUUUGGUGCUGGGGUGGGCUAAUGAUGACAACGAUAGCAUGAAAGCGCUCCGUGAUCGUUCUGGUGCUAAGUAUAUGGACCAAGAAAACGAUAAACCAAAGAAAAGGAAAAGCUCGGCAGGUUUUGAUGAAAGCAGAACCACGUUUGUGAGAAGAGCUUAA